GUACUCAAUGGCAAACGAAGAUAUUGCCGUUACGAAGUUCCGCGAAUAUUUACGAGUGAAGACAGAACACCCGACUCCUGACUAUGUCGGUUGUCAGCGAUAUCUUUUCAAUCUCGCCGAUGAACUUGGAAUUGCGAGACGGGCUGUUGAGGCAUGCUCAUUUCCAUCGAAGUUCAAUGCUAUACCUGGAAAACCAUUCAUUAUCAUGACGAUUCCUGGAUCGCAACCAGAAUUGAAAUCAGUUGUUCUGUACUCGCACACUGACGUUGUACCGGCCGUCAAGGACCAAUGGAAGUAUGAUCCGUAUUCUGCGCAUAAGGAUGAGCAUGGUAAUAUUUACGGUCGAGGGGCGCAAGACAUGAAAUCGGUUGGCUCGCAGUAUUUCGAGGCGAUCAGAAGGCAUUUUCAGCGCGGAAAGAAACAGUGGCCAAGGACCAUACAUAUUGUUUGGGCUCCAGACGAAGAAUUAGGAGGGGUGGAUGGAAUGCAAAAAUUCGUGAAGAUGGAAGAGUUUCGUGAUCUCAAGUUAGGUUUCAUGCUUGACGAAGGGUUGGCAUCCGAGACCUCCUCGUUCAAACAAUCCUUCAUCAACAGCGCGUUGUCGUUUCGAGAGGAGCAACGUCUUCUGCUAAAAAAUGACUCCACGAAACGUUUAGGAGAUGUGAUCACACUGAAUAUUACGAAGGUUGAGGGUGGUGUGCAAGUGAACGUGGUACCGGAUAGUUUCACGAUAUUGCUCGACGUACGUACACCGCCAACGGCCGACCUCAAUGAGAUGGAAAAACGCAUUGCAAGUUGGUGUACAAAAGCCGGUGCUGGCGUUACCUACGAAUUUAUUCGGAAGAGCGAAAUCACUGCUGUAACGCCAACGACAAGUGAUGAUCCCUUCUGGUCAGCUUUUGAGAAGUCGCUCAAGGAAGAGAAAUGCAGUUUCGACAAGGAGAUCUUCCCUGGUUCCACGGAUUCACGAUUUGUGCGAGAGGUACAUAAACUUUGUUUUAUUGGUCUUGUUGACCGUAUCUCGAAUUGUCGACUGUUUUUAUAUGGUUUUAAUAUGCAUUUAUUUAUAUUCAUAUGGCUGCUAUCCUAA